CCCUGGCUCUCUCUCCAUGGGGAAGCAAUAAUCUCCAACGUGACGACCGAAGGCUACUUGAGCGCUCCAAGACGCAGCAACCUGCCAGAUCCUGGAGAGCUUGGAGAGUCGCACUGCUUCACUGAACAGAGCUUGUAGGAAAUCCCAGCUGCAGACAUGGGUCGUCAGGAGGGCGACUACGCCUGGAAGAAGAACACGGAAAACAUCCAGGAGAUUUUUGACUUCAUUGAAGAGUUGGGAUCGGGGGCGUUCUCUGAGGUCUUCAUGGUGAGAGAGCGGAAGACAGGAAAGACGUUCGCUAUGAAAUGUAUAAAGAAGAAAAAGAAGAGGGACAUCAACCUGGAGAACGAGAUCGCUGUGCUGAGAAAAAUCCAGCAUGAAAAUGUUGUUGGGAUGGAAGAUUUCUACGAAAGUCGGACGCAUUACUAUCUCAUCAUGCAGCUCGUUGCAGGUGGUGAAUUGUUCGACCGUAUUCUGGACCGAGGCGUUUAUUCAGAGAAGGACGCCAGCAGGGUGAUCCAGCAGGUGCUGGAGGCCGUCGGCUACCUGCAUCAAAACGGCAUCGUCCAUCGAGACCUCAAGCCAGAGAACAUCCUCUAUUACAGCCAGGAUGAGGACUCUAAGAUCAUGAUCAGUGACUUCGGCCUGUCAAAGAUGGCGGAAAAUGGCAUCAUGUCUACAGCCUGCGGAACCCCAGGUUACGUAGCGCCUGAAGUUCUAGCACAGAAGCCCUACAGCAAGGCAGUAGACUGCUGGUCCAUUGGGGUUAUUACCUACAUCUUACUCUGUGGUUAUCCUCCGUUUUAUGAAGAAAGUGAAACCAGACUCUUUUCCAAGAUUAUGAAGGCGCAGUAUGAGUUUGAUUCACCCUUUUGGGAUGACAUAUCAGAAUCUGCAAAGGAUUUCAUUCGCAACAUGAUGCAGAAGAACCCCAGCAUGCGUUACUCCACAGAGCAAGCUCUCAGACAUCCUUGGAUUAUCGGAAAGACGGCCCGCAGCCAAGACAUCUACUACUCCGUCAGCAUUCAGAUCCAGAAGAACUUUGCUAAGUCCAAGUGGAAGCAGGCCAUCAACGCCGCUGUAGCCAUCAACCACAUGAAGAAACUGCAGAUGGCCAACACAGAGCAAACCCUGAGGAGGGUCAGCGUCCCCGACAUCAAAGUCAGCGACCUGUCUUCACCAAGAAAGCACUCCAAACAUCUGGAUCCAGACAAGCCGGAACCCAAGAAGGAAGACGUCAACGGGAACAUCAGUGAGACGCAUCACAUGUCUCUGCCCACAAGCCACGUGGAUCUGAAGAUCCCCUUCCACCCGCUGAAGGCCACUCAGAGCCAGGCCCCUGGGCACCAUGCGCCCUCUAUAGCCGAGCAGGGGAAGAACGUGUAUCACUCAGAGCCAGCCAACCUGAACGGAUACGCUAAAAACCGGAACGGCAAGACUUUACAGACAGGCGUUUGCUCUAUGAUGUGAAAGCUGGGAGACGUUUCAUCUGG